AUGGAAGGCCCCCAACAACCGACCCACGCUCCUCAACGGAGUCGUGGAUUCAGCGUCAAAUCCGACAAUUCUCGCAAUUCCGGUCACAAGAGUCAACUCUCCGAAUCCUCCGAGGAAAAAGCCCGUCGCAAUUUACACACCAAAGCCGAUCCAUUGGUCGCAAUGACCGAAUUACAGCCGAAUUUGGUGGCCCUGGAGAAGUCCAACUUGGCUUCAUUGAGAGAAACCCAGCACAAGGAUCAAUUUGGUGACCCGAUCACCGAUCCCGACUGGUCGAACCCCACCCGUCCACGUUUUGAGCGUCCCCUGGAUACCAUUCGAUCGUUUGAGGCUGCCAUAAAUGGAACCUACGGUACCAAGCGCCGGGAUUCCUACGCCCGCACAGAAGAUGCCGCCUCACAAAUGGGAGACUUCAGCCGACGAACAAGCUACUAUGGAUCGAACAACCAACCGUACGGUCGCAAUGGCCAAUCACACCCUGGCAGCGUGAUCGACUACGCAGGCUCGAGCCAGGCACCGGAGAGCUCAUACCCCUACAACCAGAAUGGUCAGCAGCGUCGACCUCGAUACCCGACGCGUCAGUCUACGGAUCAAGGCGUCUAUGGAAACGGUAAUCAGUAUGGAGCCCCACAAUAUCAAAACCAGCGCUCUUACGAUAAUGUUACUGCCAUGUCGGGAUCAGCGUCUGGUACCGAUUCAUAUGGUCAAUCGACUGACCCCAGCUCUCUCAAUAGUUCCGUGGACCAGUUACAGCAACGCCAAGAUGGCUCCCCAGCCGAAUACGGAUACCAAGGCCAGAACAUCAACGGCAGACCCUCCCCUGCGCCAGCUGCGAGCUCUACUUUCGUCCCGUCACAGGGUGGUAUGAACGCUGUUAAAAAGCCCACGGCUGCGAAUGAUAAGCGGAAGAGCUGGUUCAAGCGACGAUUCAGCAAAGACUAG